AUGCCGAACGCUGCCACGAAUACGAGCAUUAUUGAUCAUAUUGUAUUAGACGGUUCUAUAUUGACUUUAUAUUCAUUGACGUUUGUUAUUGGUGUUAUUGGAAAUCUAUUAGUGCUCAAAGUGAUUUUCUAUCAACGAAAGAAAUGCUCUGGACGAUCAAAAACUAUUACGUCAACCUACCUGGCUCAUUUAGCAUUAACCGAUCUAUUAUCAGCUACAACAAUUCCUUUACAAUUUCUCUUUUGUUCAUAUUAUUUAUUGGAAAAUUUUAAAAUUUGCUCAUUUCUAUGCGUAAUAUUUAAAUCCAUACAAAUUCUUUCGUACAAUGUAUCAAUAUUAACCAUGGUCGUCAUUGCAAUAGAUCGUUAUCUAUUAAUACAUUAUCCACUUCAAUCAUCAAAUAAACGUUUCGAACCGAAAUAUUCACUUUUAGUCGUAUGGCUGUUAGCACUGCUCUAUGCCAUUUCAUGUCUCCGGUGCAUGAAGGUCUCAGAAUAUUUUCAAUCAUCGCAAGAACUAAUCGGUUGUCGAAUUUUAUUUGAUACCCUACUGCCACACACCAGUUUUCUAUUUCGUAAAAUACGUGUAACCAUAGCGGCUGUUUAUUUUUAUUUCAUUCCAUUAUUGAUAACAGCUUUCCUGUAUAUUUUAUGUGUGCGUACCAUUUCGGGAAGGCCAUCUGUCGGAAAUUCUAGUAAAACGCUGUUUAGCGAAUCAAAGAAACGAACCAUGAAAAUGUUAAUUAUUCUUUUACUGGUUUUUGCAAUUUGUUGGCUGCCGAUUCAAAUCAUGAAUUUAAAAGACUUUUAUUUACCGAGUCGUAAAUCAAUGUUUCAUCCGUUAAACAAAAGAAAAUGUAAUGCAUCCACAACAUAUUGUAUAUUCUACUGGAUUGCUAUUAGCAGUUGUUGCUAUAAUCCUUUUAUAUAUAGUUGGUUGAAUAAGAAUUUUCGACGAUCUCUACGAGUGCCAUGCUGUUCAAAAUACGAUCAAAAACCGAGAUGUGGUUCAAAUGUUAAUCAAGCAUCAAAUGUUUUUUAUUCAACAAAUUUUCAAAAGUUAUUUUCAACGAAAGCGACAAUUUCGACAGCAAUCCUCAUCAGCUAUGAGUAA